UCAGCCCUAUUAUGGUGAGCGGGGCUUACCUCUUUUGAGCACAGAUCUGAAACCGAUGUUAGUCAUGAUGGAUGCGCUGCUUCCUACAGCCUUCAUGCUACUGCUGAGCACAGGCUGUAAUUCUGGUCAGGAAGCACUUCUCCCAGGAUCUUUUGAUGGAGCAGUAGGAGGGAGUGCCACAUUCCAGACUACAGUCCCUUCAACAGGAGAGGAAUUAGAUACAAUCAUCUGGGAAUUCACCACUGACGGAUCUGCAAAUGCAGUCACCGUCUACAAUUCUACUAACAAGGGUACAGAGUCUGCAUACGAGGGCAGAAUCAGCGUGAAUAAGUCCACUGGUUCUAUGGAGCUCAGAGAGCUGACGAAGAAUGACUCUGGUAAUUACAGUGUGAACCUCGGUUUGAAUGGAACUGCAGAAACCACACUGAACAUGUAUGAUAAUAUUACAGAGGCCAACAUCACAGGUCCCACUGGCGUACUGAUAGCAGGUAACGGCUCUGCCAACCUGAGCUGUCAGGCAGCUGCUGGAACCCUCAUCUCCAGGAAGUGGCUGAAAGAUGGACAAUCACUCUCUCCUAGCAACAGAAUCACAUUCUCCAAUGACAGCAGCACUGUGUCCAUAGACCCUGUACAAGGCUCUGAUAAUGGACACUACCAAUGCAGACUUACGAACCCAGUGAGUACGGACACUGGCAGCUACCACCUAACUGUCAACUUUGGACCAGAGAAAGUAGCUAUAGUUGGCAGUGAGAAAGCAGAGGUCAAUUCAAAAGUGGAGUUAGCGUGCAAUGCUUCAUCAGUGCCUCCUGCCACAUUUUCCUGGUUGGUUAAUGGGACAGAGAAAGAGACGCAACACAGUUUUAUCAUAGAGAACACCACCCUUACUGAUACUGGGGACUAUACCUGUGUGGCCAGCAAUAAUGUUACUGGGCUGACCUCCUCUGCUGUCCAUUUCUUGACUGUGACAGCUCCAGACCCACCGCCAGGUCCUGAAUCUUCGGAGUCUCUCUCUGGGGGAGCAAUUGCUGGCAUUGUCAUUGGCACCAUUGCGGGAGUGGGGCUCAUUGGUGGAGGAGGUUUCUUUGCCUAUAAAAAGUUGUUUUAGUGACAGGGUUCUCUUGCCAGUAAGCUGUCUUUUUAAGUUGUCCCUAGUGACCAGGACUUGAGCAUGAAGCCCACCUGGAUUUGUGGAAGUAAUGAUGUCACAAAGGUUCUGUGCAGUUUGAUGAUGCUAGGAGAAUACAUUCUUCCAUCUUUCAGAAACAUUAAAUUACCAUUCAUUUCCAUUUGAUUUAUUUUCAGUGACAUUUUGUAUUAUCGGCACAGAAAAUGUGAAUUUUAAUAAUGAACUAAAACAGAAUGUUUCCUUUGCCUCACUUCUCUUUUUAAUAAGGAGAUGUUUAUAUGAAAUUAUUGUCAAAACAGUUGUUAGAAUCAACAAAAUGGAAACAUAAUGAUGUUGUGGAUUAAGCUUCUUUGAAAUGAAAUGACACACUGCAAUGCAAAGUCUUAAUUUCCUUUUACAGAAUUGUAAUAUAUUUUAUUUUUAUAAAUAUUGUUUUUUGAUUAAGCAAUUUGAUUUAAAUCUUAUUUUUUAUAUUCAGAAAAUUAUUGGUACUGUCAAAAUAAUGGUCUUCUAAAUAAAGUAAUCUAAUUUUGCUGUAA